AUCAGAAUCAGUUGGAGUGGAACAGCUAACUUAGCAAGACGUGUGUCGCAUUCCUAUUCAGAUCUUGCACUGAGAAACAUACAAGCGUUUUUAAAAUAAACUCAAACCAAAUUAUACUUUUUUUAAUUCAUAUUCAUUAAAAAAUAUAAUAAAAUGGCUAAGGAUAAUUUAACUGCAGUUUUGUAUGGUGUUGAGGAUUUACGCUUGGAGCAACGUCCAAUUCCUGAAAUUAGCGACAAUGAGGUUCUAUUGGAAAUGGAUUGUGUUGGUAUUUGCGGAUCAGAUGUGCAUUAUUUGGUCCAUGGACGGAUUGGUGAUUUUGUUGUGAACAAGCCCAUGAUUAUUGGUCAUGAAGCAGCUGGUGUUGUAGUGAAGUGUGGAAAGAACGUUAAGAACUUGGUUGUUGGAGACAGAGUUGCCAUAGAACCUGGUGUACCAUGCAGACUUUGUCAGUUCUGUAAGAUCGGAAAGUACAACUUAUGUCCCGAUAUGGUUUUCUGUGCCACACCACCAUACGAUGGCAAUCUGACGAAAUACUAUCGUCAUGCUGCAGAUUUCUGCUUUAAGCUGCCUCCUCAUGUAACAAUGGAAGAAGGAGCUCUAUUGGAGCCACUUUCAGUGGGUGUCCAUGCUUGCCGUCGAGCUGAUGUUGGCCUAGGAUCAGAAGUUUUGAUUCUAGGAGCUGGUCCUAUUGGUUUGGUAACCUUGUUGGUUGCCCAAUCCAUGGGAGCAUCCAAUAUUGUGAUAACAGAUUUAUCUCAAAACCGAUUAGACGUUGCCAAGAGUCUUGGUGCUAUGCACACGGUUUUGAUUUCUAAAGACAAAACAGAGGAACAAACUGUGAAAGAAAUCCAGGGAUUGAUGCCAAACUCACCUGACAAAACCAUUGAUUGCUGUGGUGCUGAAUCAACAACAAGAUUGGCAAUUUUGAGCACACGAUCGGGAGGAUGUGUUGUAAUUGUUGGAAUGGGUGGAAACGAAAGUAAAUUACCCCUAAUAAAUGCUUGUGCUCGUGAAGUUGAUAUCCGUGGAGUUUUCCGCUACUGCAAUGACUAUUCAACAGCUCUUGCUUUAGUGGCAUCGGGAAAAGUAGAUGCUAAACGUUUGGUAACUCAUCAUUUUGAUAUCACAGAAACUGCAAAAGCUUUCGAGACAUCUCGUUACGGGCAUGGAGGGGCUAUCAAGGUAAUGAUUCACUGCCAGCCUAGGGACAAGAACAACAACAAGCCAUUUUGAGAAGCUUGAACUCAGCAAAAUUGCGGAUUGAUAAUCAUCAUUAAAAAUACGGCUGUUUUAAAUUAGAUUUUUGUAAUAACUGUCAGUUAAGAAUUGAAUAAGGAAAUAUGUACAUUUUUUGAGAAAUAUUUA